AAAAUAUUACUGUAAUGACAAAAGUAACUUACUUUUAAAUUAAAAAGUUGCCAAAAUUUGCUGAAGGGAAAGUUUUUUUCUUGUUUUAAAAAUGAAAACUUUUACUGCUACAGUUUUUGAAAAUCUCCUUACUAACUGAUUUAAAAGUCUUAACUUUUAAUACGACUGUAUAAUUUCUUUCAUUUUCACGUUCUCGUGCAACCGUGUACGCCUAAGUUCCAAAUGAAAACAAACAUUUUGGUGGGUCCGGUGGUGCCUGGUGAGUCCAGAACGCGAAUCAAAGCCGACCGUGGCAGCAGCCAGGACUCGGGUGCGGACACCUUCGUAAGCCAAACAGCAGCAGCGAAACGCCGGCGAAGGAGGGUGGUGCUUGUGCGGGACGAGGUCGAGGGUUCGAAAAGGCCAUGGCUGCAGCUUCCUCCAAGACCUGCAGCGGUUUCACGACCGGAAUGGGUUAGAAGGAAGCUUGGGUGUUUUGUGAUUGAUUUUGUUUGUUUUUGUAGGAUGGGAGGAAGGAAUGUGGAUUUGAACCGGUUGUAUUCGGUGGUGGUGACCCAGGAUUGCUGGUUGAAGGUCGAUUCCCGCGAGGACUGGGACGAGAUCGAGGAGAUGGCACUGCCGACGCGUUGCGUGAACAAGGAGAUUGCGUUGAAGAAGAAUAACAUCCGAUUUUUGGACAAGUACGAGAAAGGAUCCGACGAAGAGGAGGACGACAAGAAGCGGCAUAAUCGGAGGUGGUCAGCGCGGAUGUUGCACUUGAUGCCGGCGGUUCACAACACCGCAACUUCCCGCCCACAAACGCUCACAUCGCGAUGGCGCAGCUUCAGCUGGGGACAGCGAGCAUGAAAAAUCUGUGUCAUUGUGGAAGGAGGAUGAAGUGCUCGAAAUCAAAUUCCGUUCCGAGGGCCUCAUCAACCCCAUGUUCCGGAUGCCUUUUCAGGUUCUGGAACUCCCUGUUCAGGCACUUCACUUCUCAGCCGGGAAACGACGACCACCCUUCCCGAAUCAACACCCAACUUCUCCAAACCUGUCCUGAUGAAGGCCGGCAAUGGACCAUCCUGUUCGCUACUUUGCUGUCGCGCGUCGAAACGUCCAUCCGGAACCGUCCACCUUGGGGUCUUCGGAAGUUACCGUUGACGUACCGUAAUAAUCGGUACAGCUUGGACUCAGAUGUUAGCCAGAAGCGUUAAAUACAAU